UCUACAUAGGUGCAUUGAGCUCCUGGAUAAGCUCAAAUUAAACUUCUUCUGUUCAAAUACAUUAAAAACAAAUAGAAAAUAUAUUCGGACUUUAAGAAGUAGAAGUGUGACCUAGUUAACUAAAAACCAAGGUGUGGAAUAUGGCUGCUUUUACACAGGUUGCCAGUGAGGCAUGUCAUCCGCAUGGAGUACUACUGCGGGUGAGAACCCAAAUCCUGGGGCUCAUGACACAUUGAGCAACUGCAGUGAAGGGAAAGGCAACUCAGGAGAUGAGCUGUCUGACGCCGAAGGGGUAUGGAGCCCGGAUAUUGAGCAGAGCUUCCAGGAGGCCCUAGCUAUAUAUCCACCAUGUGGCAGAAGGAAAAUCAUCCUGUCUGAUGAGGGGAAGAUGUAUGGUCGCAAUGAGCUUAUUGCUAGAUACAUCAAAUUGCGCACUGGCAAAACUCGGACUAGGAAGCAGGUUUCCAGUCAUAUUCAGGUUUUGGCUAGAAGGAAGGCUAAAGAAAUUCAGGCACAACUCAAGGUCACAGUAAGUACAAAUCUUCAAGAUCAAGCAGCAAGAGACAAAGCUCUUCAACAGAUGGCCUCCAUGUCUUCAGCUCAGAUUGUAUCAGCUUCUGCAAUUCAUAACAAGGCUUUAGCUGGUAGUUUGGGUGGUCUACCCCCAACUAUGUCCAGUGGCCCUGUCAGACCACCAUAUCCUGGUGCCCCUUCAAUCUGGCAACCUGGCCUUUCACAGGGAGAUGUAAAACCUUUUACAUCUGGAUAUGGAUUUGAGUCCAAGCUUCCGUCCAUCUCUACAGAAAUGGCAUCACCCCCUUGGCAAGGCCGCUCCAUUGCAGGGCCUAAACUGAGGCUGGUGGAAUUCUCAGCCUUCUUAGAGCAACAGAGAGAUCCUGACUCUUACAAUAAGCAUUUGUUUGUUCAUAUUGGAUCUACUGCCACAUAUAAUGAUCCUCUGUUGGAGGCAAUAGAUAUUCGACAAAUAUAUGACAAGUUUCCUGAGAAAAAAGGAGGUCUAAAAGAGCUGUAUGAUAAGGGCCCCACCUCCGCAUUUUUCUUAGUCAAAUUUUGGGCAGACAUCAACACAAAUCUUACUGAUGAAAGUGGUGCUUUUUAUGGUGUUACAAGCCAGUAUGAGAACAAUGAAAACUUAACCAUCCAAGUAUCCACCAAAGUUUGUUCAUUUGGUAAACAAGUUGUUGAAAAAGUAGAGACUGAAUUCGCUAGAGUUGAGAAUGGGAGAUAUAUAUAUCGUAUUCAUCGAUCUCCAAUGUGCGAGUAUAUGAUCAACUUUAUACACAAACUUAAGCACUUACCUGAAAAAUACAUGAUGAAUAGUGUACUUGAAAACUUCACAAUUUUACAGGUUGUGACAAACCGUGAUACUCAAGAAACUCUUCUAUGCAUAGCGUUUGUGUUUGAGGUUUCCACCAGUGAACAUGGGGCUCAGCACCACAUCUACAAACUGGUCAAGGAUUGAAUUUCCUCCUGUAUACCAUUUGUUAUUGUUACUCUGCGUUCUUGGUGGUUACUGCUUUUUUUUUUUUAUGUUGGUAACUGUUGCAUUGAAAUUGUAUUUUUUAGUCCUGUGAUUAUAUAACUUUUUAAAAAUUUAUAGAUUUAAUGUUUAGUUGAUGUAUGUUUUUAAUGUACCCUUAUUUUUCAACAUUAUAUGUUGAAAGAAGGGAAUGAAACAAUUUUGUCCAACUAGAAUUAUAAAGGGGAGUAACUAUUUUUUCUAACAUUUUCUUUUCCAUCUGUUCUGCAGUUUUAUAAGAAUCUACUGCAUUUUGGUUUCUAUAUUUUAAAAAAAAUCUUUCAGAAAAAAAUCCUGUAUUAUUCUGCAACAAUUUAGUCAUCACUUUACUAUUAUGCAAUAUACAUACAUGAAAAUUUUAAAGUAUUAAGAGUGUUGCAUUUUGUUUGUAUUUAUCAAUAACAAUGUUUUGCGUAUGUAAAUAUAACAUAAGUGAACCUUUACAAUAUAUACAACAAUAAGCAUUAUUAGAAGUGAAUGCUAAUUACCUCAUUCGUGAUGGUUUAGUUUAGUGAGAUGUAUUGUGUGUUUUCUAAUCCAAAAAACAAUUUGCUUCGAACUGUUUUAUAGAGUAUAUUUUAUAUAAUUUUAUACAAAAAAAUAACACUGGCAUGCCGAGUAUGGGUUGGGGUUGGUUGUGUUAUACUAUUUAAAUUUGUUUGAAAUUUUGAAUUGUGACUACUUAAUGGUUGAUAAUAUUUUCUGGAAAAAAUUUAACUAAAAAUUGCACUUUGAACUCUGUUGGCAGGAGUUACAUUUGCUGCUGUGUUUGAAAGAAAAAGAUUUUCAUAUUUUUAAUGUCUCUCCCUUUUGUCAAGAUGUUUCUUUCUCCUUAACUUUGUGUGCCUUGCCAAAUAAACUGCUCUGUUGUUAAUAUUUAUACCUCUAAUGGUGGUUUAUAGGCAUAGAAUUUUUUUUAAACUUAUGCAAUGUGUAACUGGAAUAAGAAAACAUCGACACUCCUUGUAACCUUACAGAACAACUGGCUAGGUGUGAAAUGUUUACAAUAGACCAUAUCUGUUUCAUACUUGCCGAAUGUUCAUUGUGACAAGGUAUUUUUAAAUCAUUCUAAGCUUUAUUAUGUUAUAUACUGUCUGUUUCAUUCUUUUUUCUUCAACUGUUCCACCUCCAAUUUGACCAUUUUCCCUAAUUCCUGUUCUCCAACUUGUCUUGUUUAUUUUUCCUUCUAUAGACUUUACUUGCCAUCCUUUCCACAUACUUUUUCCUUCUACAAACUCUACUUGCCAACCUUUUCUCAAUUGUCUAAAUUCUUUUUCUUUCUAUAAAUUUGCUUUCCUAAUCUCUCCCUACUCUCAUCCCACCAAUUGUUAACUAAUGAUAAUUUUCAGCAAACAUAAUACGUCAUUAAAAGGAUAGGUCAUAAAAAACCAGAGAUUUAACACAACGAUACAUCUUUUCACCAUAAAAAAAAAUUGUUGAAAUCUUAUUUCAUGUGUUAGCAACAUAAGUUUCUUACUGUGCAGCACAGUAGGAGCAGUUUAAAAGCUUGCACUGGUUUAAUCCUGUGUACUGGUACAUAUUGUUCACUAUUCAUUACAGUAUUUUCAGCCAUCAAUUCAUUCUUAUUAAAUAUUACUUAAAAUUUCAUUGUCUUUACAGCUUACAUGUAGUGCUUGCACACUGUUUUACAAUCAACAGAACAUACCUAUUAUAUCGUAACUAGUUAUUAUAAGUCAUUAGUUAAGAUGACAACUAGACCUAGACGUAGUUUAAAAUAGGAGAUUUGUGGUCAUACUUAGUCUCUCAUAAGAUGUAUUUUUGGUGCUGAACCUGGCAUAUCAUUUUAGUGUUUGUUUUUCUUGUACAUGACUUCAAGGCUAGAGAUUCAUAAAUAAUUUGAAGCAGUUCUGAUUGCAUUUAAUUUUAUCAUGCUUCCAUUUUAAUUGUGUGUGCACUGUACAUUUGUAAAUGAUUAAGAGCAUUCUCAGUAGAUCUAUCUGUGUUGAAACUACUAACCUUUUGUAUAUUGUUUUUAUUGAUGUGAACCCUAGAGAGAUGGGCUGUUAUGGAUUGUUUUAUUCAAAGUUCUGUGUAUAUAUACAUACAUACAUGUAAGGAGAGUUUUAAUUUAUUGGUUCAUAUAUUCACGUUUGGACAUCGGUAAUAAUGUGACUACUGUUGACAUAUUUUCCUAUUAUCGCCUUGCAAUAUUUUAUGUUCUAAAGCUCUACAUCUCUACUGCUGAAUGAAGUCUGAUAUGUGCUUUAGAAUUUUAGGUUAGUGAUUUUUUUUUUCAUAGAUGAAAACUCUAUUUUACUUUUGACCGUCCAGUCAUGAAGUGCUGUUGGGUUUUUUGACAGUUGUUAUGAAAAGUUUGAUGUUUCUAUAAAUAUUUUUUUUCAUUCCUGCUAUUUACUGGAACCAUUUGUAAUAUUGUGAUAGUUAAGUGUUCUGUAACUUAUAUCUCAGAAAAACUGUUGUUUUUAUUCACUUUGGUUUACUACUGAAUAUGAUUCAUGUUAAAUCCAAUUAAGAUUGUAUAUGAAGAUUUUUGUAUCACUGUGACUCUGCUAAGGAUAUUUGCAUAAGUGCCUUUUGACAGAUCUUUCUGAGCAUAUCAAAUUAAGGAAUAUGUUCAUCCUUUCAUUUAUCAGUUAAACAGUAAGAUUCAUAAGGCGUUGUCUAGAAGUAGAACCAGUCUAAUUGUGUUAUGCCAUAAAGUGGUGGCAAAGAUCUAUUCACAUACAUAGGAUGUCUAACUUGUUACCAAUGUAUAAAUGUAUACUGUUUAAUAUUGUAUUUACAACAAAUAAGCAAAUAUAUUUUUUUUUCUCUUACCUAUCAAAUGGUUAUUUUGAAAAUAUGUUUAGCAAUAUAUUUCUAUGCAUGGUUUUGUGCUUUAAAUACAUGUAACCCAACUUUACCAUGAUCUUUUUAACAUUAGUGUCUCCAUUACUCAUUUUAUUCCAUACCUAUUAAAAUAAUGCUCUUCUUUUUCUAUUAGGGCCUAGUUUUGUUUAACAUUAUUUUUGCUAAUUUUGUAUUGAAUUUGUUUUUUGUUUGUUUUUU